GCCAAGAAGGAGUGAGCCAUCGUCGCAGCGCUGCAGAGACUCGAAGAGGACGUGGACGUGGACGUGGACUCAUCACCCUCGUAUCUCCUUCCUUCCCCGCAUUUCCCCUUCAUCGACUCGCAUCACGUCGCGUGACUUCUCCUCUGCCUUCAUCGACGUUUCUCCCACUUCUUGAUUCUCUUCUUCUCUUCCCUCCUUCAACCUCUCCCUCGGCGUCCGCAGCGCCAGCUCAUCAUGGUCGCCUCCUCUCACCCGUCGACGCCCCAGGAGCGCCCCAUCGAUGAUGAAGCUCCUCAUCACACCCACUCUGUCGACUCCCAUCGCCCACAUGAUGUCUUCGCCCCCGCCGAGGGGGGCAUCAACUUCCGCACCCUCACCUGGCCUCAUGCAAGCGUAAUCGUUGCCAAGCUGCAAAUCGGUAUCGGUAUUCUGGGCAUUCCAGGGACGUUCGAUACGCUAGGCUUUGCGCCCGGCCUUAUCUCGCUCCUCAUCAUCUGCAUGAUCACAACGUACUGCGGUCUGCUGGCUGGUCGGAUUAGGUUGAUCCACCCUGAGCUGCACAGCGCUCAAGACCUUGGAUCCCUUUUCUUUGGCGGCUCGCGCAUCGGCAUGGCUCUAUUCGGAUUCUUCUACUGGGUGCUUCUCGUCAUGAUCGCCGGCUCAGGUAUCCUCUCCACCACCAUCGCCUUGAACGCCAUUUCCUCCCACGCUCUCUGCACCAUGGCUUUCGCCGGGAUCGUAGUGGCCGCCUGCCUCCUCAUCGGUGGAGGAUGCCGUCAGCUGAUGAAGGUUGCCUGGCUAGGCUGGGCAGGCAUCAUCUGCGUCAUGAUCUCCAUCUGGACCUUGACCAUCGCCAUGCUCACCAAGGACUACCCCAUGGCCAGCCUUGGCCAGACGGGACGCGUGCAGGUCAAAGCGGGAAACAGUAGCUCGACGUUUGCAGAAGCCAUGUCUGCCGUUACGACCCAGCUGUUUGCUAUUCUGGGGAAUGUGGCCUUCUAUUCCAUCUCAGCAGAGAUGAAGCGACCGAGAGAAUUCGAAAAGGCGGUCUACGUCGGACAGCUCUUCGUAAUCGCAAACUACAUCAUCGUGGGAUGCAUCGUCUACGGCAAGGCGGGGCAGUUCCUCACCUCUCCUGCCCUCGGGUCGGCAGGACCGCUCAUCAAGAAGAUCUGCUACGGUUUCUCGCUCCCCGCAGUACUGAUUACGGCGAUUAUGUACUCUCACUUGGCCACCAAGCAGGUCUUUGUGACUGCCUUGCGCUCCUCUCGCCACUUGACCACGCCCACUGUUAUCCACUGGGGAGUGUGGAUUGGCUCGACGAUUCUGGCCGUUGCCAUCGGCUUCGUUCUUGCGGCAUCCAUCCCGGUGUUCGACGAUCUGCUCAGCCUUAUCGGCGCCACUGUGGGGUGCUUCUUCUCGAUCGUCGUCGGAGGCAUGACGCUGCUCUACAUGGUCAGCCACGAGGACACGCAAGGCAGCGUUGCAGGAGACGACAGCAGCAGCAGCAGCGGUGAGGGUGCAGAGGCGGAAAAAGCUGUUGUUGAUAGUCAGGCGCAACAGGGCAAGGCAGGCCAGACAGCAGCGAGGGUAACGUCACGAGCGCAUGUAGCGCCGAGCUUGGGAGCAGACCGAGCCUGGCUCGUACGAGCCUACCUGGUCGCCUUCAAGUCGCACACCACGACGAGAAGCCGCAAGGUGCGUUUCGGCCUCGGUGUACUGCUGCUGAUGAUCGGCGGCUUCAUCAUUGUCGGUGGAACGUACGGCGCUGCCGUGUCCAUCUCGAACGCGUACAGCUCAGGAGCCGUCCAGCAAGCCUUCAGCUGUGCGGACAAUUCGGUCUGAUGGCGGGCGCUCUCUUCUCUGUUUCAAUGUAUUCGUAGUCAGCAUAGCAUCGUAGAAUGUAUGGAAAGGACUGUGAUCAUCAUCCGCGCGAGCAGACUGUGUGGCGGUAACACAUUCUCGCCGCUUUGUCAAGGUGUACAAAGCAAAUUGAUGAUCGUAGAUGAAGAUGACAAGCUGCGUGGCUACGAAUUUGCGUGGCGGCGUACAAUGCUGGUCGAAAGCUGCGGAGAUGGAGAGUCAUCACCAUGACCGCCUCUGGAUCGUCGGUAUCCCAGUUCGGAUUACCCAGUGGUGCUGCGAGAACCUGCUCGCCUUCCCUCUUUCCCUCGCCUGUCCGCUCACAAGAUCAAGCACUUCCUGUCCUUCCCAC